AUUACUCCAUUGGUGCUAGACAUAACUGAUCAUGGAUUACGUUCCGGUAAAUAAAAUUUUGCACCUCCGUACGAAUUCUGUGGAUGUCGCGUGUCAAAGAGUCAAUUUAUCGAAACCCGGUGAAAUAGAGCAAGUGGUGAAAAUAUUAAGGGAUUGGAUACAGGAGCAGCCGCAUUUUAGAAGAAAGGAUUUCAGUGAUGCCUACAUAAAGAUGACAAUACUCACCUCCAAAGGUUCAGUGGAACGAGCGAAGAAACAAUUGGACAAAAUGUGCACAUACAGAACUUUGUUACCGGAAAAUUUCCAAGACUGGGACGUUAGAAAGGAUUUCGGCCAUACUUUUGAAGUAUCAUCCCUUGUAAUCCUGCCAAAAUUAACAAAGGACCAUCAUAGAGUAUUUUUGUAUAAGAUUUGGGACCACUUCAAAGACGCGUCGCAGAUAUCAAGCAAUUUUAAAUAUUCCUAUAUCAUAGCUGAGUAUGCUAAGCAAUGUGACUUUGCUUUUGGAUAUCACAUUGUAAUAGACUUCUUAAAAAUCACCAAUUUAUUGGAAACUAUUCAAAAAUUAAAUGUUUUAGAACUCAAGCAAAGUCUUACUCUCUAUAUGGAAGCAUACGGCAUGAAAAUAUUGGGAAUUCACAUCCUCUCAACAUCAAAAAUCGUUGACAUCUUCGUGUCAAUAUUGAAACAAAUCCUCAAACCAAAGAUCGUUGACCGCAUCCACAUAUACAAGACUUGGGAUGAUUUACACGAUGUUUUAGGAAAAGAAAUAAUACCUUGUGAAUUUGGUGGUGAUGAGAAAUCAAUAAGAGAGAUUCAAGAGGAUUGGAUAGAGGAGUUAUCUACUAAAGGAUUCAGAGACUACCUCCGUGAAAUGAAUACAGCAUCGACAGACGAAACUCGUAGAUCGUCAAAAAAAUUUAGUGAAGAAUACGCGGGCAUGCCUGGCACUUUCCGUGUGUUGAGUGUUGAUUGAUCAGACUUAUGGGCCCAGUACACAAUGGGAAUUGGGCAGCGUUGGCCGAAUAAAGGCAAUCACGAUAGUGUAGAGGGCCUAAGAAUCUAUGAUCGGCCAUCAUUGCAGUUUACUCAUAAUCGCCGUCAUGGCGGCAAACGUUGACGAUCAUAUUAUGUUGGGCCAACGCUGCCCAUUGUGAAGAGCUCAUCAUACCUACUAGUUUUUAAUUGCUGUUUUGAAAGAAAAUGCUUGAUAAUUAUGUGUAGGUACGUUUUUGUAUGGACUGUUCAUAAUCAUAAGUAGAUAGGUAUUAUCAGGAAAACCUCAUUUGUCAUAUUGUAUUUAAUGAGUGAAGGAUAAUAAAAACCGUAUUUAUGUAGUUCUUACUUCCAUUGAUGUUACAUAAUAUAAUAUUAUCAUUUGUGUAAAAUUCA